CUGCCGUUCUAUAUUAACACUUCCACGGCAUCAGCGGGCACUGUAGCAGGCGCAGCCACCAGCCAGCCAGCUAGCAAAAAGCCCAAGUGGCCGUGGCAUCGCCCGCUGUGAUGAGCUCAUUCGCCAUCAUCUUGUUUCUUUGUUGACCUGGAUGCCUUGGGGUGCUUGCUUCCGUUCAACUUCCAAGCAGGUCCUUUUUCUCCGCCUCCCAACUCCUUGCGAUACUCGACCAGCCCUCGCACUGCCAGCGACAAUAGUGGCUCCCGGGAAUCCUACAAGAGAUGGCUACCGCAGCAGCAAACUCAUCACUCCCAUCAUUACAGGCGACGGCAGCAAAAGCAGCAGCAGUAGUACCCGCAGAGCGUGCCAAAAGCAGGAAGGUACAUCGGCAUCACUGGACAAUCGGAGAUAGCUUCUGGUCGUGGUGGCUGACGUGGGAAGGGAAUAGCUCUUCGGGUAUGCUGGAACCAUGGGAGAAAGUUUUGUUGAUCUCCAUCAUCAGCCUCCUUUCAUUCCUUUUCUGGCACGCUGUCCUCUUUUCAUUCCCAAGCCACAUCAAGGCCAUUAUCCCGCGCGUCAUGUAUUACGUUACCGGACUCGGCCAGCGUGUCGCCCAUUAAAUUUCAUUUCAUCGACCACCUACGAGCAUUCGACCAUCGUACGCAAGGGUGAGACUCCUCAUCGACGGCAGGCCGCUCCGGUUUAAUCAUCUGGUUAGCGUGGUCAAGACUUCGGCCACAAUAGCAUAUUUGCCAAGUUUACGUAUAUCGAUAAGCCUUCCAAGCAAGCGACGAAGCUACCUGGACGUUCCUGCCUGUGAGCGUCUUACCCAGUACAUAAUUGGCAUUGCAAUCGCGAGACACAAUGUUUUUCGGCCGAAUCCGCAUGACAAAGCGGCAUACUAAUCACGUAUCAUAGGCUCGCCUAUUAUUCCGUCACAAAG